AUUUCUUCGGCUAUUCAGUUAGUGCAUAACCGCGAUUUUGUGCUGUCAUCACAUUUGAGGAGAAUUUUAACGAAUUAUUUAUGGGUAAAGUGCAUUAGCUCCUGCGUGUGAUUACACGGAUUAUAUUAGUGCUUAGUGAAAUAGAGAGAGAGAAAAAAUCGAACAGAAAAAUCAUGCUGCCAAUUCACGUCGUAUUUCUUGUACUUUUAUCCACUUUCUUCUUUGUUGCUGAAGCUCAACGAAAGUUGACUCGACCAUUACCAACGCUAGCAGAGACCAAAGGAAGAGAAAGGGCCAACUUCGAUUGUCCUGAAGAAUUCGGUUACUAUCCUCACCCCACAGAUUGUACACAAUACUAUGUCUGCGUUUUCGGAGGAGCCUUAUUGGAAUCAUGCACUGGAGGCCUUAUGUACAGCCAUGAACUUCAGACUUGUGAUUGGCCCAGAAAUGUUGGAUGCGAUGGAUUAGAACUAGCUGCAGCACCUGCACCAUCAAGUCAAUCAUCCAGCAGUUCUGGAUCACAGACUGUGAAAAGCAGAGAACGGUCACGUGAUAAAGAAGAGAUCAGAACUGAGUCCAGACUGAAAUAUGCUCCUCCACCACCACCACCCCCACCACAACCUAGAGCCGUGGUGACAUCCAGAGGACAACCGAGGCAACUACAAAACCAACAGGAGAUUAUCAAACAACAACUCUAUGCUGAUGUUGAGGAAUCUUUACCACCAGCCGAAGAGGUCGAAAGUGACAGACAACAAAGGGUGUACCGCGGUCAACCUUCGACUGUUGGUCAAGUUCAAAGAGACAGAGAUGGUUACAGACACACUAACAGCCUAUCUAGCCGUGGUGAAAAAGUGGAAGUGAUUUCUUUCGGGACACAGUCACAAUUGCAGCCUUACAGUACCGCAUCAAACUUCAACGAAAUAUUGACUAACGACUUGACGACGGAGAAACGACAAAAGAGACAUGCGCAGAGAAGUCGAGAAUUCAAUAACGAACUAUCUGACUGGCAGAACGGCCAAAAGAAAAGAUACAUUCAACCUCCUCCGUAUCCAUACAUUGACGAUACUAGGAGGAACCCUUUUAUUGGGAGAUAUCAGAAUCAAGAUGGGUUUCAACCUUUCAUUCCUGCGGAAUCCUUUAAUAAUGUUCUAAUUAAAUAUCCGACGUCUCCGGUACUCCACCCAAAUAACGUCUUUGUCCGACCAGCGUCCUCAAAUCCAGUUCCAAAUUACGCGCACUUCGACAACAGUCCCUUUAUUCCUCCUCAAUACAAAGGCACGGUUAAAACUCAAUUCGUACCUUUAGCACUAGAAACCGCGUAUACGAAUGUAGCUCCAAAAGCUGUUGAUUUAAGAAAGACGCAUUUGAGGGUUAACCCUAACUCGAAACCCAAGAAUCCCAGCACUAACUACUCUCGGUAUCAGCCAACUACAACGACCUCUACAGUAAGUUACGGCGUCCAAGAAGAGUCUGAUGAAAUCCGAGAGAUUGAGAAAGAUAUCAAGGAGCAAGUAACGAGCAAUGACACUCAGAGCAUUUUGGGCGCUGAGAGCGUAUUUGACAAACCAAAAGAAGUCUAUAAAGAUGAUUACAAGUCGACGAAUGAUGAAGAGCAACCAAAUGAACAGGCGGAGGAAGAAACUGAUUCUUCGAAUGAAGAAAAAGAGUCAGGUGGAGAAGAAAAAGAAACACCUAAAGAGGGAGAGUCUACUAACACGACUACUACUUACGAAUAUCAAAAUCAUGACCAUGACGACGAAGACUUGGGACCGCCCCCUUCAUUCUAUAGUAUUAAAAAUAAGUACGAAGACAUUUACAACCCUUUUGCCGAUCCGGAAUUCGAUUUUGACAAUUUUCUGCGCAAACUCGGGUCUACAACGACAACUACUACAACUAGUACGACGACCACGACUACCACUACAACUCCCAGACCAAAAAUAACUGAAAUUAAAUUUCUUCCCCAACAAGACCUGAAGCACAUCUUCACCGAUCAGUACAAUAAUCAAAGGCAAGCCCAAGCAGCGUCAUCUGUAACAAUUAAUUACAGGGAUUUAUUAAAAUUGUUACAACCCGCCACCCCAAACCCGGUUAAAACCACCAAUGAUUUUGCUAACGACAAAAUUAUACAGUCUCUUGCUGACAAAAAGUACUCUAGUCAGAUAAAAUCCGGAAAUAAUACUUUACUAGCACCUAAAGUAGCAGCGCCCGUUGAGUAUGAGUAUUACUAUGAAGAAUAUGAUUAUCCAGAUCCUAAUUCCAGCUCAAGUAACGUAGCGAAGUUAUCAAACUCCUCGAAGACUGACGUAAAAUAUUCCGCUAGAUACCAGGAUAAGCCUUCUACUGUUCAGCCUUUCAGUAGCGUGUAUUCAGUUCCAACAUCAACAUCAAAAUAUUUAGACAGACCUUCAACAGUGAAAUAUACAGACAAUACAGCUAAAAAUGUUGAGCGUACUACUAAUUAUAAAGCCCAUACAACUAAAUAUAUUGAGCCUAUACCUAAAUAUAGUGAUAAUACUAGUAAAUAUUUAGAUAGUGCAGCAAAACCUACAAAAUCAAUAGAACCAUUAGUAAAACACUCUAAUAUUAAUCCACAAAUCAAGUACCCCGAUGUUUCGGUAAAAACUCAAUAUAUUACGGAUAAACCAACUAUUCUGACCACUUCUAAAACUAAAAAACCUUUAACAACUACUAAACCAAACACGACAACAACAACACGUUCUAAAUCGAAGGAUAAAGUUAAAUCGAGCUUUGUCGAAAAGUCACAAACAACGACUAGUACAACACCAAAACCCAAAAGAAUUCUAACGACAAAUCGAAAAAGAACUACAACAGUAUUACCAACUGUUAAAUCAGGAAACAAACAACGACGAACAACUACCGAAUUGUAUGAACUUGACUCUAAACCUGAACAGUCAAUCGUUAUUUCAAGUGAAGAUAAAAGCAGUGUAGCACCCAGUGCUCAAACCACAACAGCAACAGCAAGAAGCAUUUACAACACUAGUCAGUACAAUCAUGUGAACCACAAUGAUAAUAGAUACGAUCCUUACUACGCUUUGUAUGAUGAUGAUGUUGAACUAUACAAAGAUGUUGACUAUACUCCUCAAAGCAACUAUAAUUCUCAGAGCAGCAAAACUACCAGUGCCAAUGUAUAUAGAGGAUCAACAAGCGCUGCUCGUGAAGAACCAUCAAAACGUGGCAAUGUGGCUUAUAACAGUGUGAGUCAAGAUAUCUAUCAACAACCCUCAACUGUGAGCGACUACAGUGAGAACGCUUACCAAGACGAAGAUAAUUCUUACAGGCAAUCGAGUCGCUCAUCGUCCAGGUUUAGUCUUAGGGGAGACAGAAAUGAAAUAAACGAUAUUGAGGAAAUACCUACCACUAAAAGAGUUACAUCCACACCGACAAGAAAGCUUACCACUCCAACCACUAGAAUAACAACUACAACGCAAGCACGAACUAUACCCACAAAAAAGAGCAUUAUUACUGCCUCUUCAAGCUUAAGGCCGGUCAUCGAAAAAGAACGUCACUUAAGACCUAUACCAAAUAAUACGAGCCCAGAACAAAAUACUAUAACUCCCGUUACCCAAAAGAACCCUUUCAUAUAUCCAAAUCAAAAAUUACGCCCCCCAAUUACAGACACCACUCCUGACUAUACAUCACACGAACCCCUUGUCACUAUUGAGAAACAGCCAAUCGCAUAUAUAACUAACCAAACCAUAAUUGGACAUAAUCUUACGUCUAAUAUUGCCACAGCUGCUUCCAAGUCAACUUACCAGAUCUCUAAUAAUAAUGCAAAGAAUCGAACACACCCGAGCGAAGUCGUUGUACCAACUACGUACUCACCAUCGAGGUUCUUGCUUAAACUAAACUUAUCUAAAAACGCGCCAAUAAUAUUAUUUCGGCCGAGAAAUGAAAACAGUAAGCCUGGAGUUACUUUAAAUAACGGACAGAGAAAACUAAACAAAAUAUUGAAAGCUGUAAGGAAGACUUUAAGUCCGAUUACAAUCAAUAACGAAUUGGCUAAUAAUGGUGCUAGUGAACAAGAUUCAUCCAAAUAUCUGGCAAAUAACGAUCUGAAAAGUAAGCUUACCCUCAUUGAUGUUAAUCCUACUAACUCUUCUCCCGUUCAAUCUUCUACAUCGCGAUAUAUAACCCAUCCUACGACAGAAACUGAACUAAGAACAAACAUACUGAAACAAUUUGAAAGAACCACGUCCAGUGAGAAACCUAGAACGUAUCCAGUACCGGUACUUAAAGAAAAACAGGUAUCUGAAAUAUUGUCCACUCGAAAACAAACACUCAAACAAGAAUCAACGUCACCUUUGUAUAAAUUCAAACCAAUUCCUCAAAAAGACUUGACUACAAUAUCUCCAGAUAAUCUAUCCUUUCCCUCAAGAAGUUCUAGGGCAAACUCGACUUUAAAAGCUUUUGUCAACGGAAGCAAAGGAUUAUCGAAAUGUAAUGAGAAAUAUUCCAACAAAUGCAAGGUCGAUCUGAAGCAGAGAACACCUUCUAGAGGUAGGGGAACAUCCCAUUACUCAAAUUCUGGUGCCAUUUUAAAUAACGAAGUUACUGUCACUGUUAAUAGGGGUACCCCUGCUCCACGAUCACGACCAACCCUUAAGCCAUCUACUUCAAUCGUAUCAAAGGCAGCGGAAUACGUGGAUGUUUACAGAUUCCCACCUACAAGGCCUGAACCUAUAUAUCCUCAACCUCAACCUGAUAAAACUGCUGCAAAAUGCAGAAAAGAUGUAUGUCUGCUCCCUGAUUGCUACUGCGGAGGAAAAGAUAUCCCUGGAGACUUACCAGUCGAGCAAGUUCCCCAAAUUGUACUUCUCACUUUCGACGACUCUGUAAACGAUUUAAACAAAGGUUUAUACCAAGACUUAUUUGAAAGGGGUAGAACCAAUCCAAACGGAUGUCCCAUCGCUGCCACGUUCUAUGUGUCCCAUGAGUGGACAGAUUAUAGCCAAGUACAAAAUCUGUACUCUGAUGGCCACGAAUUGGCUUCUCACACUGUGUCCCAUAGUUUUGGAGAACAAUUCUCACAGAAGAAAUGGACCCGCGAAGUAGCCGGUCAAAGAGAAAUCUUGGCUGCAUAUGGCGGAAUCAAAAUGGAAGAUAUCAAAGGAAUGAGGGCACCUUUCUUAUCUGUUGGAGGAAACAAAAUGUUUAAAAUGUUGUACGACUCAAACUUUACCUACGAUUCGUCUAUGCCAAUCUACGAAAACAAACCACCCAGCUGGCCUUAUACUUUGGAUUAUAAAUUGUUCCACGACUGUAUGAUACCACCCUGCCCAACGAGAUCCUAUCCAGGAGUCUGGGAAGUUCCUAUGGUGAUGUGGCAAGAUCUUAAUGGAGGAAGAUGUUCGAUGGGUGAUGCUUGCAGUAACCCACCUGAUGCAGAAGGAGUAUUUAAAAUGCUCCUGAAGAACUUCCAAAGACACUACACUACUAACAGAGCUCCAUUCGGUUUGUUCUACCAUGCAGCUUGGUUCACUCAACCCCACCACAAAGAAGGUUUCAUCAACUUUAUCGACACUAUCUUGGCUAUGAAAGAUGUAUGGUUCUUAACAAACUGGCAAGCAAUUCAGUGGGUUAGAGAUCCAACGCCGUCAUCCAGACUCAAUGGAUUCCAACCAUUCCAGUGUAACUAUUCGGACCGUCCCAAGAGAUGUAACAAUCCAAAAGUGUGCAACCUCUGGCACAAGUCUGGAGUACGAUACAUGAGGACUUGCCAACCUUGUCCUGAUAUAUAUCCCUGGACUGGCAACACCGGAAUUCGCAGUAGUAGAGUCGAUAACGACAUCGAAGAUUAAGCUAGCCCAACAGCUAAAAUGAUAGGUUUCUGUAAAAUUAAAUUAUUUUAGGCCAUUUGACAUUAUUUUUAAUGUUAGUGAAUUUUGUAUUUAUAUUUCUUUUUUUUAUCAAGAAUCUUUAGGUAUAUAGAGAACAAAAAAUGAUGGUAUUUAGGUGUCAAGAUUAAUUAUAAAACUCAUACCUGAAUAACAUCACUAUAUGCUAGUUUUUCCGAUUUUUUUUUAGUGAAAUUGUAUAUAUUUUUUUUUCAAAGAAACAUUUUUUUAAUUACUCGCAAUAAAAAAAUGUUCAAGAAUUAAUUUCGCAAAUGCUUAUAGAACUUAAUAUUUAAGAGAUUGUGUAAAACGAUAACUAAUUUAUUGUAAACCAUUUUUUUAUUAUGUACAGGUGGUAAUAAACAUCUCUACCAGUGAGUGAUAAAUUAUUCUAUAAAAGAUUUUUCAAUAA